AUGAAUGACAUCAUGAAGACCCAAGCAACUUUUGGCCACGAUAAACCCUUUGGAGGAAAGGAAGUUGUUUUGGGUGGGGACUUUCGACAGAUUCUGCCAGUAAUUUUGAAAGGAAGUAGAUCAGAAAUCAUUUCUUCUUCUGUGAAUUCAUCAUACCUAUGGAAGCAUUGUAAAGUAAUGAAGUUAACUACCAACAUGAGAUUACAACAAGCAGGGUCCUCUUCUUCAUCCUUGGGGAUCAAAGAAUUUGCGGAUUGGCUUCUUCAAGUGGGUGAUGGCACGGUUAAGCCAAUCGAUGAGGAUGAUUCUAUUAUAGAAAUUCCCUCUGAUUUGUUGGUGAGGGAGCCCGAUAAUCCCUUACUUGAGUUAGUCAAUUUUGCAUAUCUCAAUGUUGUUGCUAAUUUGGAGAACCAUGCAUAUUUUGAACAAAGAGCACUCCUUGCUCCCACUCUUGAAAGUGUUGAAGAGGUUAAUAACUUCAUGAUGUCAAUGAUCCCUGGGGAGGAAACAUAA